AUGCUUAGUCCUGUGAAAGAAGAACUGUUUGCCUCAAUUAACAUCACUACCCAAGGACAGGACUUACCUAAGGAACCAUUGCGACCCUCUGUGGAUGUAGUCCAAGCAGUAGCAUUGCCAAGCCUCGUUGAGGGCCAGCGAGCUGUUCAGGAGGCCUCGGAGCAAGUAGUGGGCCACGUUGCAGAAGAAAUCUUGAAAGAGCUGUUGGAGAGGAUGGUGGAGGCGGUUCUGGGGCAAGUAGAAGGGAGAGAAGUAAAACAAGAUGAGGUAACAGUGGAGAAAGGGAUUGAAGAGGAUGCAGUGGAGGCAGAAAAAGGAAAUUUUAAGAUUGAAGUCAUCAAAAAAGCAGAGGUGUUGCAGCAAGUAUCUGAUAACAAGGUGCUGAGUCAAAUGAUGGGAGGAAAUGAAGGAGGAAAUGCUGCCAAAGAGGAGCAGGAGGAAGCAGAGGGAGUGAACGGAGAAGUGAUUGGAGAUGGAUUUAUGCACAGAGAAACAUUAGGUGAAUCUGCAGAGGAAACUACAAAUGUAGGUACUCAAGGCCAAGUAACAGAUGGACUGGCUAAACAUGGUCAUAAUGUUGCAGAGAAUAGUGCUGUAGUAGAAGACACAAGAAUAGAUUCAGUAGUGGUUAAGCCAGGGGCUGAAGGAAACAGGGAUCAGGAUCCACUAGCAAAACAUGGAACAGCUGAAAUAGGAACAUGGGAUGCAGCAGAACAUCCAGAUGUUGUGGGCGCUGCAGGGAUUGGAGAACCAGUGCAAGAGACAAUGGUGGACCCUCUGCAAGACAUGGACAUGACUAAUGUGGAGCAGAUGGGAAAUCCAUGGGAAAAGGGGGAAGCUCUCGGGCAAGAUGCUCCAACAGAUCAAAUGGAAGGUAAUGCAAAAGUGCUGUCAUCUUUUGGUUAUACAAUGGAGGCCACACAAACUGUAGCUCAAGUCUUGGUGGAAGUGAACGAAGCAGAAGGACCCGAAGGAGGCACGGACCAAAGCCAUUCAGUGGCAGGAGGACGAAGUGUUAAAGAAACAGGAGAUAAAGAUGUAGCAGGGAGUCAAAUAAAUGGAAUAUCUGUAACAAAAAAGGAGUCAGUUGUGCUGCUGAAUGAUGGGCUAGGACAGGGCUCUAAAGCUGGAGAAGAUCAGAUGGCAUUGGAGACGCCACAUAACGGAGAUCAAGACCUGAUCUUUGCCCCAGAGCCUGGAGAUCAGAACCCUGAGAGAAGAGUUCCAACCUCAAACUCACUCCAGAAAUCCAACCAUGCUAAUGAGAUCAUCACCUCCACCCAUAACUUCGCCCAUGUCCCUGUUGUGCCUCAACCUACACUUGAUAAUUUGGUGAGGGAUGUUGUAGUGAUACCCCCUAAAGCUGAAGGGAAGAAAAGAGGGCAAGCAAACAAGAUGGUGGAACCUACAGCAGCAACCACAGGGACAGCUGGUGUGAAGCUGCUAGCUUGGAAAAUUGGAGCAAUUUCCGCUACAGUCUUCCUCAUUUUGGAGACCAUUAUCCUCAUUUAUAUUCUUAAAUGCCACAACCAAACGAAGAGAAAUCCAGCCCUGCCAUGUGAAGAAGGCUGUGCUGAUCCAGAGGCAACAACGGGAGGUGACUGCAGAGACGGCAUGCUUCCUCCAGGCAGUCGAGAUGCUCAACUACAAGCAGCAGCUGACCCUUCACCUGUGGGCCAAAACAAAGAAAAGGACAAACGGAAGUGUGAGACACCCAUAGCAGACAUCCUUCACAGCUCCAACGAGAAAUCCUCCAACGUUGGGACAAAACAAGGCUCCUCCCCACACCUCAGGACAUCCAUCCUGUAG